GAGUGAGAGAGAAAAAGAGAAAAGGAGAAAGAGAGAAAAUAAAAAUAGAUAGAAAGAAAAUGUAUUUUUUAUGAAUCUGAAAAUUUCAACGAACUGCCCUUCUACGAGAAAGCAUUUAUACUCCCUCAAGGUAGAGGGUUGUGGCUGAAUUAAGUCGUGGGUAGUAAGGGAUGAUUCAUCCCUUCAUCGAAAGAAAACGAAUCGAUAUCAAAACGUGCCCUGUCUUUCUCUCUCUCUCUCUCUCUCUUUUUCUCUCUCUUUCUCUUCCCCUCUUUCGUUCUACUCUUUUCUCGUGUAGGACACGUGUCCUGAGAAUGACCUUCGUCAAGAAAUCACGAGGGACUUUAUCAUCGAUUUAUAAAUAAUUAAGGAUCGAAUUGAAUUAAUUUAAAGGCAUAAAGAGAAUAUGGAAGAAGAUAUAUCAUUAUUAUGAGCAACGUUGUUAGAUUGACGAUUUUAAUUUUGAUAACAACAUUGACUUAUAUGAAGGCAUUGACGAUUGUCAAUCAUCAUACAGACGACGAAUAUGUACUCGAGCAUGAAGUCCUUUACGAGGAUGCGAUCAACGAAGCAAAAAAACUCGAGAUUUAUCCUGGUCCAAUACCAGGAUGUAAACAUUGCACCAAUUCAGAGAUAACCUAUUGCAAGAAUGGAAGCGUCAUUAAUGAUCAUUGCUGUUGCGACGGUAGUUACAAUAAAGUGUUCCCCUUCGUUGAACACACUUGUCGCGUGGGACCAGAAGAAUGCAAAGUAGAGGCUGGAGAUUGUGCAGAGUAUACAAGAUUACGUGAAUGUUGUUGUCACUCUUAUUUGGCUUCUGUGUGGAAAUAUUUAGCGACUGGCGUAGGAUCUCGCAAUGAUGCAAAUUUAACAAUGUUCCUGAUUACAUUAGCAAUGGUGCUCGGAUUAUACUUAACGUAAUAUACGAUUAUGAUAAAUCUUACCAAAUAUUUUGUACAGUAAGGAUUAUACUCCUUAAUAAAUUAUUUUUACAUCGAUCAAUAA